AUGUUGGUGGUGCGGCCUGGGGGUGGGGGUCUGCAGCUGAGCUCCGGGCCUUACCCUGAUCUGCCUCGAGCCAAAGCGCUGUUCUUCCUGCGCGGUUCCCCCAAUCCCUCAGGACCCUUGGGCCCCAAAGGCGCAGUGCUCUGCGGGGAGCUGGCCCCGGCACCGUUGGAGCAUCUGGCCACGCUGGUGGCUGAGGUAGUGAUGCCUGUCCUGACCAAUGAAAAGAAUCACCAAGACUGGCCAAAUGUCAUAUAUCAGGAUGUAAGACGACACAUCCACCACCUUCAGAGUGACCUCAUUGUUUUCCUGGGUCAAGUGACAGGAAAAACAUUGCUGCCUCUUCCAGUAGUCUCAGAAAACAUGGAAUGUAUGGAUUAUGAAAAUGAAAAAGGCCUGGAUUUCACAGAUAAGUCAAUUGUCUAUGCUAUUGAGUCCACAGUGAUCAAAUGGAGCCACCAGAUUCAAAUAGUAUUAAAGAGAGAGUCUUCAGAGCCACUCUUGCAGGGAAAAAAUCCCACCCCAGAAGUGGAGCUGGAAUUCUGGAAGAGAAGGUGUGAUGAUCUGGAAUAUAUUUAUAAUCAGCUGAGAGCCAUAAAGGUGAGGGGCAUGGCUGCACUUUUAAAUAGACUUCAGAGCAGCUACUUUGCAACCUUCAAAGCCAUGUUCAAAGAUGUAAUAGCAGCUUUAAGAGAGGCCCAAGAUAUCUAUGUACAUCUGAAGCCUCUGCAACACCAUGUGGAAAACAUAGAGAAUGUGGAAUUUAGUGAAGUGAAGCCAUUGGUGGGACCUCUGUUUCACAUAAUCUGCUUGAUUUGGGCCACAUCUAAAUACUACUGCUGCCCAGUACGGAUCAUUGUGCUUCUGCAGGAAAUAUAUAACCUUCUCAUUCAGCAGGCCUGUGCAUAUCUUGGCCCAGAAGAUCUCUUGAAAGGGGAGAUAAAGGAGAGCCAGAGGAAAAUACAGGUAGUGAUGGACAUUCUUAACUUUUCCAAAGAGACAUUUGAGGACAGAAGGAACAAUCUCAAGACUUACUUCAAACAGGUCCAGGAGGUGAAGGAAUGGAAUUUCAAUUCUUCUAUGGUUUUUGUGCGACUGAAUAACUUCCUUAGAAGACUCAAGAUGGUAGAGAAUCUUCUGAAGACAGCUUUGGAUUUUCUCAAGCUAGAGAAGCUUGAAUUCAGUGGAAUUAGAGGAAAUGCUUUGAGUCAACAAGUCCAGAUCAUGUAUGAAGAAUUCCAGAAUGUGUACAAAGCCUUUUCAGAAUGCUUCUAUGACUGUCUGGAUUAUAAACACACAGAAUUAGAAAAUUAUGUUGCUGAAUUUAACCACAAAGUAGAAGAUUUGGACCGAAGAUUAGGGAUGGUUUUCAUCCAAGCUUUUGAUGAUGUAUCUGGCUUAGAGCAUGCUUUUAAGCUGCUUGAAAUAUUUGGGAGUCUGCUUGAAAGACCAGUAGUAGCCAUGGAUGUAUUUGAUAAAUACCCAGGACUGAUCACAAUGUUCAGCAGUGAGUUGGAUGCUGUUAAGACAAUCUAUUGUCAGCGUGUCCAGGAGGAGUCAGAACUUGGAUUUUCCCAAUUACACAAGAACAUGCCGGCAGUAGCUGGAGGUCUCCAAUGGGCUCAGGAACUCAGAGAACGAAUUGAAAUUUCAUUCAAUAACUUAAGACAUAUCAAUCACCCCUGUAUGGAGUCCACUGAAAGUAAAGAGGUGUUCCAAAAGUAUGGAGAAAUGCUUACGUUGUUAGAAAAGUAUGUGACAAAGCUUUAUGGUAGCUGGUGCCAGACAGUGUCAGAGAAGUCACAAUGCAAUCUCACUCAGCCACUCCUCUGUCAUGAUCCAGAAACUAAACAGAUCAUUGUCAACUUUAACCCACAGCUGAUUUCUCUUUUGAGAGAAGUGAAUUACCUCAAAAUGAGACAGAAGAGGCACAUUCCUGAGACAGCAGCAGAAAUUUUUUCCUCCAGGGAGUAUUAUUGGCAACUUAUUGCCAAUUUAGAGCUGAUGACAAAUUGGUACAAUAAGAUUUUGAAAACUAUGCUAGAAGUGGAGUUUCCAUUGGUAGAAGAGCAACUGCAGGAUAUUGACCUCCAAAUAAGAACAGCAGAGGAGACACUGACCUGGAAGACAGAAGGUAUUUGGGAUUAUAUUAUGAAAAUCACUACUAGUGUACAUGAUCUUGAGCAAAGGAUUCAGAAGACAAAAGAUAAUGUGGAUGAGAUUGAGAAUAUCAUGAAAACUUGGGAAUCUCCUAUUUUUAAGAGGAAAGAUGGAAAAAAGGAAUCUCUUAUUUAUCUAGAAGACCAUCAAGAACAACUGGAGAAAUAUUAUGCUUUUAUCAAAGAGUGUGGCCUUAAGAUCCAUGCCCUUGUUCAGGAAAACCUGAAACUCUUCCUUGCAGAUCCAGUAUCCAGUAUAUGGAAGGCAUACACUGACUAUCUUGAUAACAUGGUUCUUCAUGGAUUCUUCAUAGCUAUUGAAUCUUCUCUAAAUUAUCUCCUGGAAAAUACUGAUUCUAAGGCCAGACUUCCUCCCUUUUUUGAAGUGCAACUGGAUCUAGUUAUACCAGAACUAAUCUUUUAUCCCUCUCUGGACCCUUUUGUUAAUGGUGGUUUUCAUAGCAUUGUGGAGGGACUUAUCAAUGACAUUUUCAAAAUAUCUUCUAUGGUCCCACGACUUGCACAGAAAAGUUCCCCUCAUUAUCAGGCUGACAUGGAGGAUACAGAAGAUCUGUCAAACCUCAGGAACAUAUUAAUGGAGAGAGUCAAGGGUAUGAUGACCAUCUGCUGUAACUAUCGGAGCUCCUUUGACCAUUACUCUUUCCUUUACAUGGAUGACCGAAAGGAAUUUAUGCGACAAUUUCUUUUAUAUGGACAUAUGCUCACUCCAGAGGAGUUAGAAGCCUAUGGAGAAGAUGGUAUCCCUGAAAAUCCUCCCACUCUUCAGCAAUUUAAAUUACAAAUAGAUUCCUAUGAAAAGAUUUAUGAAGAGGUGAACCAGCUAGAGCCUUUCAGGAUUUUUGACAACUGGAUGAAAAUUAAUAUUCGUCCAUUUAAGAUAUCUCUACUAAAUGUAAUUAAGAGAUGGAGUUUCAUGCUUAAACAGUAUCUCAUUGAUCAUGUCACCCACAGUUUGGCAGACCUUGAAGUCUUUAUAAGAAAUGGUGAGAGUGGUUUAAACAAGAAGAUAGAAAAAGGUGAUUUCGCUGGUUUGAUUGAAAUUAUGAGAACUCUAAUGGCUCUUAAAGAACGGCAGAGAAGCACUGAUGAGAUGUUUGAGCCAUUGAAACACACAAUUGAUUUACUGAAGAUGUAUGAACAAGAAUUACCUGAUUCAGUAUUUAAACAGCUAGAGGAAUUGCCAGAGAAAUGGAACAACAUAAAGAAGAUGGCAGUCAUUGUGAAACAGCAUGUAGCUCCCCUGCAGGAAGAUGAAGUAACAGCUCUUCGUCAAAAAUGUGCUGCUUUCGGUAUUGAACAGUAUAUAUUCCAAGAUCAGUUCCACAAAGAAGCUCCUUUCAGGUUUGAUAGCAUUAAGCCUCACCAAGUGUUGGAUGCCAAAAACAUUCAGAUCCAACAGAUGGAAUCUCUCAUGUCCUCCAUUUCAGACUCUACAAAUUUGUUUGAAGUCAACAUUCCUGAUUACAAACAUUUAAAACAAUGCAGGAAGGAGGUCUGCUUGUUGAAGGAGCUUUGGGAUAUGAUUGACCUAGUGAAUUCUAGCAUUAAUAACUGGAAGGUAACCAAAUGGAGGAAUAUUAAUGUGGACAAUAUGGACUUAGAAUGCAAAAGUUUUGCUAAACAAAUAUGGAAACUUGGCAAGGAGGUGAGAGCCUGGGAUGCUUUCAUGGGGUUGGACAACACUGUGAAAAACAUUCUAACAUCCUUACGGGCUGUGUCUGAACUUCAAAAUCCAGCCAUCAGAGAGAGGCACUGGAACCAGCUGAUGCAGGCCACAGGUGUGAAGUUCAUCAUGAAUGAUGAUACCACCCUUGAAGACUUACUUAAACUUGAGCUACACAACUUUGAGGAGGAGAUCCAGGGUAUUGUAGACAAAGCUGUGAAAGAGAUGGACAUGGAAAAAGUUCUAAAGGAACUAAAAGCCACUUGGACAGGUAUGGAAUUUCAUUAUGAGCCCCACCCUCGGACAAUGGUCCCACUGCUGAGGUCUGAUGAAGACCUUAUUGAAACUCUUGAAGAUAACCAAGUCCAGCUGCAGAAUCUAAUGACAUCCAAGUACAUAGCCUUCUUCCUGGAAGAAGUAUCUGACUGGCAGAAGAAGCUCUCAAUAGCUGAUGCUGUCAUUUCAAUCUGGUUUGAAGUACAGCGUACAUGGUCUCAUCUUGAAAGCAUUUUCAUUGGGUCUGAAGAUAUACGAGCACAGCUUCCUAAGGAUUCUAAAAAUUUUGAAGAUAUUGAUAUUGAUUUUAAAGAGUUGGUUUGUGAUGCUCAGAAGACACCAAAUGUGGUAGAAGCUACCAACAAACCAGGUGUUCAUAAACGAUUAGAAGACAUUCAGAACAGGUUGUGCCAGUGUGAGAAAGCUUUGACUGAAUAUCUAGAUACCAAGAGACUGGUCUUCCCCAGGUUUUAUUUCCUCUCUUCUUCAGACCUUUUAGACAUCCUUUCCAAUGGCACAAAUCCACAACAAGUAAGCUAUUGGGUUGAAAUCUGGUUGAAUAAUGUGCUCAAUCACAUGAGGGCCACCGUAAGACAUGAAAUGACAGAAGGUAUCACUGCCUAUGAAGAGAAACCUAGGGAACAGUGGCUCUUUGACUACCCUGCUCAGGUGGCCUUGACAUGCACCCAGAUCUGGUGGACUACUGAGGUGGGAAUUGCCUUUGCCAGGCUAGAAGAAGGGUAUGAAAGUGCCAUGAAGGAAUAUUAUAAGAAACAAGUUACCCAACUUAACACCCUGAUCACCAUGCUAAUUGGCCAGCUCUCCAAGGGUGACCGUCAAAAAAUCAUGACCAUCUGUACUAUUGAUGUGCAUGCUCGAGAUGUAGUGGCCAAGAUAGUCUCUCAGAAGGUAGAGAACACCCAGGCUUUUCUCUGGCUGUCCCAGAUGCGUCAUCGGUGGGAUGAUGAGAAGAAGCACUGCUUUGCCAAUAUUUGUGAUGCUGAAUUCCUGUACUCCUAUGAGUACCUGGGUAACACACCUCGCUUGGUGAUUACCCCUCUGACAGACAGAUGUUACAUCACCCUCACCCAGUCUUUGCACUUGACCAUGAGUGGGGCUCCAGCAGGACCUGCAGGCACUGGCAAAACUGAGACUACCAAAGACCUGGGUCGAGCAUUGGGUAUCAUGGUAUAUGUAUUUAACUGUUCUGAGCAAAUGGACUACAAGUCUUGUGGCAAUAUCUACAAAGGCCUUUCUCAGACUGGUGCCUGGGGCUGUUUUGAUGAAUUUAACAGAAUUUCUGUGGAGGUCCUUUCCGUGGUGGCAAUACAGGUAAAAAGUAUUCAAGAUGCAAUCAGGGAUAAGAAGCUGCAUUUCAAUUUCCUUGGAGAGGAGAUUAAAUUGAAUCCCUCAGUGGGAAUCUUCAUCACUAUGAACCCAGGAUAUGCUGGCCGUACAGAGCUUCCAGAGAACCUCAAGGCUCUCUUCAGGCCUUGUGCUAUGGUUGUGCCAGAUUUUGAAUUGAUCUGUGAAAUCAUGUUGGUCGCUGAAGGAUUCAUUGAGGCAUGUUCACUGGCCAAAAAAUUCAUUACCCUUUAUCAGCUUUGCAAAGAGCUCCUCUCCAAACAGGACCAUUAUGAUUGGGGUCUGCGAGCUAUCAAGUCUGUGCUUGUGGUAGCUGGAUCUCUGAAGAGAGGAGACCCUGACCGACCUGAAGACCAAGUCCUAAUGCGUUCCCUCCGAGACUUCAACAUUCCCAAGAUCACAACUGAUGACAUGCCCGUGUUUAUAGGCCUAAUUGGAGAUCUUUUCCCUGCCCUUGACAUCCCCAGAAAGAGAGACCUUGACUUUGAAAGUUUUGUAAAACAGGCAAUAUUAGAGCUAAAACUUCAGGCUGAAGACAACUUUGUGCUCAAAGUGGUACAACUAGAAGAGCUUUUGGCUGUGCGGCACUCUGUGUUUGUGGUGGGGAAUGCCGGUACAGGGAAAUCCCAGGUACUGAGAUCUUUACAAAAGACAUACCAGAACAUGAAAAGACGACCAGUCUGUACUGAUCUUAACCCCAAAGCUGUCACUAAUGAUGAACUAUUUGGCAUCAUCAAACCAGCCACAAGAGAAUGGAAAGAUGGUAAAAUAGAUGAUUGGUUUCUUUUAGGACUUUUCUCAUCAAUCUUGCGUGAACUUGCCAAUAUAAUACAUGAUGGGCCCAAGUGGAUUUUAUUAGAUGGUGAUAUUGAUCCAAUGUGGAUUGAAUCUUUGAACACUGUCAUGGAUGAUAACAAGGUUCUGACUCUGGCAAGCAAUGAAAGAAUCCCUCUCACUCCAACUAUGAGGCUCCUGUUUGAAAUCAACCACUUGCACACAGCUACACCUGCCACAGUCUCCAGGGCAGGAAUACUAUACAUCAACCCUACAGACCUGGGUUGGAAUCCACCAGUGAGUAGCUGGAUUGACAGGAGAGAUAUACAAUCUGAACGAGCAAACCUGACUAUCCUGUUUGACAAAUAUUUGCCACCUUGCCUGGAUGUAGUCAGAACAAGAUUUAAAAAGAUUGUUCCAAUACCAGAGCAGAGCAUGAUUCAAAUGCUUUGUUACCUUCUUGAGUGUCUUCUAACAAAGGAAAACAGUCCUCCAGACUGUCCCAAGGAACUUCAUGAACUUUAUUUUGUGUUUGCUUCUAUCUGGGCUUUUGGUGGAAUGCUGAUCCAAGACCAGCUUGUGGAUUACAGAGCAGAGUUCAGUAAAUGGUGGAUAACUGAAUUCAAGACAAUCAAGUUUCCUUCCCAAGGAACCAUCUUUGACUUUUACAUAGACCCAGAAACAAAGAAAUUUGAGCCCUGGUCCAAGCUCAUCCCCAAAUUUGAAUUUGACCCAGACCUACCUUUGCAGGCCUGCCUGGUACACACUGUUGAGACCAUUCGUGUGUGCUAUUUCAUGGAGCAGCUCCUGAAACACCAGCGGCCUAUCAUGUUGAUAGGGAAUGCAGGCACUGGGAAAUCUGUUCUAGUAGGGGCAAAAUUGGCCACCCUGGAUUCCAAUGAAUACAUGGUGAAGAAUGUCCCAUUUAAUUAUUACACUACAUCUGCAAUGCUACAAGCUGUCCUAGAGAAACCUCUAGAAAAGAAAGCUGGAAGAAAUUAUGGCCCACCUGGCACUAAGAAACUUAUCUAUUUCAUUGAUGACAUGAACAUGCCUGAGGUAGAUGCUUAUGGAACAGUGCAACCCCACACACUUAUCAGACAGCAUAUGGACUAUGGACACUGGUAUGACAGAAAUAAACUGUUCCUUAAGGAGAUCAUGAAUGUGCAAUAUGUGGCCUGUAUGAACCCCACAGCUGGCAACUUCACUAUCAAUCCUCGGCUACAGCGUCAUUUUAGCAUCUUUGUGCUCUCCUUCCCUGGAGUAGAUGCAUUGUCUUCAAUCUAUAGCACCAUCUUGACUCAGCAUCUAAUACUUGGUAACUUUCCAGCAUCACUGCUUAAGUCUACCCCUGAACUCAUUAAGUUGGCCAUUACCUUCCACCAGAAGAUUGCUGCCACUUUUCUCCCCACAGCAAUAAAAUUCCAUUAUAUCUUCAAUCUUCGAGAUUUCUCCAACGUUUUCCAAGGCAUUCUCUUUUCAACAGUGGAAAGUGUUAAAACCCCACCAGACCUUGUGAAGCUCUAUCUCCAUGAAUCCAGUCGGGUUUAUCGGGAUAAGAUGGUUGAAGACAAAGAUUUUGACAACUUUGAUAAAAUCCAAAUUGAAGUGGUAAAUAAUUUCUUUGAUGAUAUGGACAAGACUCUGGAGGAAAUCAGGAGAUUAAAUAUGUACUGCCACUUUGCAAAUGGUAUUGGUGAGCCCAAAUAUAUGCCAGUGAAGACAUGGGAACUGCUUACCCAAAUCCUGGAGGAAGCCUUAGAGAACCACAAUGAAGUCAAUCAAGUGAUGGAUCUUGUUCUUUUUGAGGAUGCCAUGUGCCAUGUUUCUCGUAUCAAUCGCAUCCUAGAAUCCCCAAGGGGAAAUGCUUUGCUGGUUGGAGUAGGUGGAAGUGGAAAACAGAGCCUGACAAGACUAGCAGCUUUCAUCAGCUCCAUGGAUGUUUUCCAGAUCACUCUAAGGAAAGGUUAUUGUAUUUCUGAUCUUAAGAUGGACUUAGCCAAUCAGUGCCUAAAAGCUGGAGUAAAAAAUGUAAGCACUGUAUUUCUCAUGACAGAUGCCCAAGUUGCUGAUGAAAAGUUCCUUGUCCUUAUCAAUGAUCUGUUGGCAUCUGGAGAGAUUCCAGAUCUAUACUCUGAUGAUGAAAUUGAAAAUAUCAUAAGCAAUAUGAGAAAUGAAGUCAAGAAUCUGGGUUUGUUUGACAGCAUGGAAAAUUGCUGGAAGUUCUUCAUUAAAAGAGUCCAAAGACAAUUAAAGGUUGUACUCUGCUUCUCCCCUGUGGGGAAUAAGCUCAGAGUCCGCAGCAGGAAAUUUCCAGCCAUUGUGAACUGCACAGCCAUUGAUUGGUUUCAUGAGUGGCCCCAGCAGGCACUAGAGUCAGUGGGCCUGCGUUUCUUACAAAACAUAGAGAACAUUGAUCCUGCAGUAAAAGAGUCAAUUAGUAAAUUCAUGGCUUAUGUACACACGAGUGUCAACCAAAUGUCCCACUCUUACCUGAACAAUGAAGGGCGGUAUAAUUACACCACCCCAAAAUCCUUCCUGGAACAGAUCAGACUCUAUCAGAACCUACUGGUCAAGAAUGGCAAUGAGCUGACAUCAAAAAUGGAGAGGCUUAAGAAUGGAUUGCAGAAGCUUCACAGUACAUCUGCCCAGGUAGAUGACCUGAAAGCUAAACUGGCCCUCCAGGAAAUAGAGCUCAGGCAAAAGAAUGAAGACGCAGAUAAACUAAUUCAAGUGGUUGGAGUGGAGACAGAGAAAGUAAGCAAAGAGAAAGCCAUUGCUGAUGAAGAAGAGCAUAAGGUGGCUCUAAUCAUGUUGGAAGUCAAACAGAAGCAAAAGGACUGUGAGGAAGAUCUGGCCAAAGCAGAGCCAGCUCUCGCAGCAGCCCAAGAAGCUCUCAACACACUCAAUAAGACCAACCUAACAGAGCUCAAGUCUUUUGGUUCACCACCACUGGCUGUCAGCAAUGUCACUGCUGCAGUAAUGGUUCUCAUGGCCCCUGGAGGAAAGGUACCCAGAGAUCAAAGUUGGAAAGCUGCCAAGGCUACAAUGGCCCGAGUUGAUGGCUUUCUGGACUCCCUGGUCAACUUUAACAAAGAGGACAUACCUGAGAACUGCCUCAAAGCUAUCCAACCAUAUCUUCAAGAUCCAGAAUUUAAACCUGAGUUUGUGGCCUCUAAGUCUUAUGCAGCAGCUGGCCUCUGUUCCUGGGUCAUAAAUAUUGUAAGGUUUUAUGAGGUUUACUGUGAUGUGGAACCCAAGCGGCAAGCCCUGAGUAAAGCAAGUUUGGAUCUUGCUACUGCCCAAGAAAAAUUGGCAACCAUUAAAGUCAAGAUUGCUCACCUUAAUGAAAACUUGACAAGACUCACAACCAAAUUUGAGAAAGCAACUGCAGAAAAACUCAAAUGUCAGCAAGAAGCUGAAAUGACUACAGGUACCAUCUCACUUGCAAAUCGCCUGGUUGGAGGUCUUGCCUCUGAAAACGUAAGAUGGGCAGAAGCUAUCAAGGACUUCAGAUGGCAAGAUAAUACAUUAUGUGGAGAUAUUUUACUGAUUACAGCUUUCAUUUCUUACCUGGGAUACUUUACCAAGAAAUAUCGUCAAAGCCUUAUGGAUUGUAGCUGGAGACCUUACCUGAAUCAGUUAAAAGUGCCUAUUCCAGGCACCCCUACUUUAGAUCCUCUAAAGAUGCUUACUGAUGAUGCUGACAUAGCCACUUGGCAAAAUGAGGGUCUUCCUCCUGACCGUAUGUCCACAGAGAAUGCUACAAUCCUUAUCAACUGUGAACGAUGGCCACUUAUAGUUGACCCUCAACUACAAGGAGUCAAAUGGAUCAAGAAAAAAUAUGGUGAAGACCUUCGAGUCAUCCAGAUUGGCCAGAAAGGAUACCUUGAUAUCAUAGAACAUGCCCUAGCAGAUGGUGAUGUAGUGCUGAUUGAAAACAUGGGAGAGACAGUGGACCCUGUUCUAGGACCCUUGUUUGGAAGAGAAGUAAUUAAAAAAGGAAGGUUCAUUAAAAUUGGAGACAAAAAAUGUGAACAUAAUCCCAGAUUCCGCCUCAUUCUUCACACUAAGCUUGCCAAUCCUCACUAUCAGCCUGAGCUCCAAGCCCAGGCAACACUUAUCAACUUCACUGUGACUAGAGAUGGCUUAGAGGAUCAGCUUCUGGCAGCAGUGGUCAGCAUGGAGAGGCCAGACUUAGAAGAAUUGAGAGUCCAGGAAGCCAAGAUAACAGAAAUAAAAAUUAAUGAUGCCAGAGAGCAUUACCGGCCAGUGGCAGCACGUGCCUCUUUGCUGUACUUCAUCAUGAAUGACCUCAGUAAAAUCCAUCCCAUGUAUCAGUUUUCUCUCAAGGCUUUCAGCCUUGUCUUCCAAAAGGCUAUGCAGAAGACCAAAGCAGAUCCUGAUGAGAACCUCCAACAGAGAGUAGUCAAUUUGAUUGACAACAUCACUUUCUCUGUAUAUCAGUAUACUACUAGGGGACUUUUUGAAUGUGAUAAGCUGACUUAUAUCACCCAGCUCACCUUUCAGAUACUCAUAAUGAAUCAGGAAAUCAAUGCUGUUGAAUUGGACUUCCUUCUUCGGUACCCAGCACAGUCCAGUGUCCUGAGCCCUGUAGAUUUCCUCUCCAACCAAUCCUGGGGAGGCAUCAAGACUCUUUCAUCAAUGGAAGAAUUUUGUAAUCUGGAUCGGGACAUUGAAGGAUCUGCCAAGCGUUGGAAAAAAUUUGUGGACUCAGAGUGCCCUGAAAAGGAGAAAUUCCCCCAAGCAUGGAAAAACAAGUCAUCUCUGCAACAACUGUGUAUGAUGAGGGCAAUGAGACCUGACCGAAUGACAUAUGCUAUAAGAAAUUUUGUGGAAGAAAAGCUAGGAAGCAAAUAUGUGGUGGCAAGAGCAUUAGAUUUCUCUACCUCUUUAGAAGAAUCAGGGCCUGCAAUGCCCAUGUUCUUCAUUCUGUCUCCAGGUGUUGACCCACUGAAAGACGUGGAGAAGGAAGGGAAGAAACUUGGUUAUACCUUCAACAAUCAGAAUUUCCAUAAUGUGUCCUUGGGUCAAGGACAAGAGGUAGUAGCGGAGGCUGCAUUGGAUCUGGCUGCCAAGAAUGGCCACUGGGUUAUCUUACAGAACAUCCAUCUGGUAGCCAAAUGGCUUGGAUCCCUUGAGAAGAAGUUGGAACAAUAUAGCAAGAGCAGUCAUCAUGAGUUCCGGGUCUUCAUGAGUGCUGAGCCUGCAGCUUCUCCUGAUGGCCAUAUCAUUCCCCAAGGCAUCCUAGAAAAUUCAAUAAAGAUCACUAAUGAGCCUCCCAUGGGCAUGCAUGCCAAACUGCACAAGGCCCUGGACAACUUCACUCAGAAUACUCUGGAAAUGUGUACCCGAGAAACAGAGUUUAAGAGUAUUUUAUUUGCACUUUGUUACUUCCAUGCUGUGGUAGCAGAAAGGCACAAAUUUGGACCUCAAGGCUGGAAUCACACUUACCCCUUUAACACAGGAGACCUUACCAUCUCUGUGAAUGUGCUCUAUAACUUCCUUGAGGCCAAUGCCAAGGUGCCCUAUGAUGACUUGCGCUACCUCUUUGGUGAGAUCAUGUAUGGAGGCCACAUCACAGAUAACUGGGACAGGAGGCUUUGUAGAACAUACUUGGAGGAAUUCAUUAAGCCAGAAAUGUUAGAAGGAGAAAUGUUUCUGGCUCCAGGGUUCCCAAUGCCAGGUAAUAUGGACUACAACAGUUAUCACCAGUACAUUGAUGACAUGCUGCCAACAGAGUCACCAUAUUUGUAUGGGCUUCAUCCCAAUGCUGAGAUUGGCUUUCUGACCCAGACCUCAGAAAAGCUCUUCCACACAGUGCUAGAGAUGCAGCCUCGGGACAGCCAGGAUGGAGAUGGAGGAGGGAUCACAAGAGAAGAAAAGAUAAAAGCCUUUCUGGAUGAAAUAUUAGAGAAGAUAACUGAAGAGUUUAACAUUGCAGAGUUGAUGGCCAGGGUAGAAGAAUGUACUCCCUACAUUGUGGUGACCUUCCAAGAAUGUGAACGAAUGAACCUCCUUACCAGAGAAAUUCAGCACUCAUUGAAAGAACUGGAUCUGGGUCUGAAGGGUGAGCUAACCAUGACCAGCAACAUGGAGAGCUUACAGAGUGCUCUGUACCUAGAUAAUGUACCAGAGUCAUGGGCCAAGAAAGCAUAUCCAUCAACAGCAGGCCUGGCAAGGUGGAUUGUGGAUCUGCUCAACCGAAUUAAAGAGCUGGAAAGAUGGAUGGGAGACUUUGCAUUGCCCUCUGCUGUCUGGCUAGCAGGAUUUUUUAACCCCCAAUCAUUCCUGACAGCCAUCAUGCAGUCCAUGGCUCAUAAGAAUAAGUGGCCACUGGAUAAGAUGACCCUGCAGUGUGAUGUGACUAAGAAGAGUCGGGAAGAUUUCAGUAGCCCACCUCGGGAAGGGGCCUACAUCCAUGGUCUGUUCAUGGAAGGGGCCUCUUGGGAUACACAGGCUGGAAAUAUCACAGAGGCUAGGCUAAAGGAUCUGACUCCACCCAUGCCUGUGAUAUUCAUCAAAGCUGUCCCUGUGGAAAAGCAAGACAAUCGAAGUGUCUAUCCUUGUCCAGUAUACAAGACAUGUCAGCGGGGACCCACUUAUGUUUGGACAUUUGGUCUGAAAACUAAAGAAGCUCCAUCGAAAUGGGUAUUAGCUGGUGUGGCCUUGCUUUUGCAGAUUUAG